UUUUUUCCCCUCCUUCGUCUUUUUGCCCGCGUAUCUUCCCCAGUGAGGCUGUCUAGUCUUUCUAUCUUAUUGGCUUUGGCUCAUCAACUCGUGGGCUGCUAUAUUUCUCUAAUUCUUCUUGAUCCUCUUUCUUCUUUUAAAUUUUCUUUCAUACAGAACCUCAGUGGUUCGUGCGCUUUGUUUUCACCCCUCAGUGUCCUAAGCAACCAUGGCCGAGCGCUACAUCCCAGAGCAUCGUCGCACCCAGUUCAAGGCCAGGAAUCAGUUCCGGCCUGACGAGCUUCGUCGUCGCCGUGAGGAGCAGCAAGUCGAGAUUCGCAAGCAGAAAAGAGAAGAGAAUUUGGCAAAGAGGAGAGGUAUUCAGACUCGGGAUGGUGGGAUUGGUGUGGGAGGCGGCAUGGCCGCUGCUACCGAGAGUGACGAUGAAGCCAGUGCCAUAGAAAGCGAGCUCAAUGUCGAACUUCCCGAGAUGGUUAAGGGCGUCUUCUCGGAUCAGAUCGAGUCACAGAUUCAGGCCACAACUAAGUUCAGGAAACUGCUCUCUAAGGAGCGCAACCCUCCCAUCGAGCGUGUUAUCGAGACUGGUGUCGUGAGCCGUUUUGUGGAGUUCCUCCGGUCUCCUCACACUCUGGUUCAAUUUGAGGCUGCUUGGGCAUUGACCAACAUUGCAUCUGGAUCUGCCCAGCAAACCCAGGUGGUCAUCGAAGCUGGUGCUGUACCCAUUUUCGUCGAGCUUCUGAGCAGCCCGGAACCUGAUGUCCGGGAGCAGGCCGUUUGGGCUCUCGGUAACAUUGCUGGUGAUAGCCCUCAAUGCCGUGACUUCGUCCUCAACGCUGGCGCCCUCCGUCCUCUCCUGAACUUGAUCAACGAUGGCCGGAAGUUGAGCAUGCUGCGCAAUGCUACAUGGACUUUGAGCAACUUUUGCCGUGGCAAGACACCCCAGCCUGACUGGAACACUAUCGCUCCUGCUCUUCCUGUCCUCGCCAAGCUCAUUUACAUGCUUGAUGAUGAAGUCCUCAUUGACGCCUGCUGGGCCAUUUCAUACCUCUCUGAUGGCGCCAACGAUAAGAUCCAGGCUGUCAUCGAAGCGGGCAUCCCUCGUCGCCUUGUCGAGCUUCUUAUGCAUGCCUCGACCUCCGUUCAGACCCCUGCUCUCCGCUCAGUUGGAAACAUUGUGACUGGUGACGACGUCCAGACUCAGGUUAUCAUCAACUGCGGCUCUCUUCCCGCUCUCCUCUCUCUCCUCAGCUCGACCAAGGAUGGUAUCCGUAAGGAGGCUUGCUGGACUAUCUCCAACGUCACUGCUGGGAACUCUAGCCAGAUCCAGGCUGUUAUUGACGCUGGCAUCAUCCCUCCAUUGAUAAACCUGCUCGCCAACGGCGACUUCAAGACCCGUAAGGAAGCUUGCUGGGCUAUCUCCAAUGCCACUUCUGGCGGUCUGCAGAAGCCUGAGCAGAUUCGCUACCUCGUCUCUCAGGGAUGCAUUAAGCCCCUUUGCGACCUCCUUGCUUGCCCCGACAACAAGAUCAUCCAGGUUGCUUUGGAUGGUCUGGAGAAUAUCCUCAAGGUUGGUGAGAUGGACAAAGAGGCGGCACAGUCUGGCGAGGGCCGUGUCAACCGUUAUGCCCUGUUCAUUGAAGAAGCCGGCGGUAUGGAGAAGAUCCACGACUGCCAGAACAAUGCCAACGAGGAGAUUUAUAUGAAGGCCUACAACAUCAUCGAGAAGUACUUCUCCGAUGAAGAAGAGACCGGUGGUGAUAUCGAUGAGCUUGCUCCUCAACAGACCCAAACAGGAUUCACUCUCGGCACUGCCCAGCAGCAGCCCGGUGGGUUCAACUUCGCCAACGGCGGCGACUCCAUGGAUAUGUAAAAGUGGGAUUUUAUCUGGAAUUAAUUUGACAUAAUUGAGAUUCGGGCUAUCUGAUUCGGUUCUAAUUCCUGCAAGAUCCUCCGUGGUGCAGUGCCGGUGUGUAACGAAGAACAAAAGGCAACACCUUCAACCUCGCAGAGCGAUUUGGCCUUGUAGCUUUCAAGGCAGAAUCUGGGUUACGUUCUUUGCUUUCAAAACAAACGUUUCCAGUUUCUGCAGUGCCUCUUUUUUGUCUCGGCCUUGCAACGUUUAAGCACGAGUCAACGUUUUCUUUCUCCCCCCUUCCCAUCCUGUUCCCCCUUCCCUUUCGCAACGAUGUUUCUACCCCCAUUUUUGUUUACGAUAAACCACAGAUUCACCGUCAUGUACCCCUUUUGCACUUUCCUAUUUCCCGUAGCAUCCCAUACACCGGCGUAAUUGUUUGUUGAUUCGGUUUAUUUUGUCUAUUUCCUAUCUUUAUUUUUUCCGAUGGGUUUCCCUUUGGGUGUGAUCUCCAUGGCCUUAGUGCUAUCCGUCGCUUCCCAAGGGACGAGUAAAAUACUCAAAUUGUUCUCCAAACAAUGGUUAUCAUUUACCGGAAUUCGAAUCUCUUUUUGAAUAUUGGAGUUCAGGGGCUCAUAUCGUUAGAAAUUCGACUUCAAUAAUAUAGUCAAAUAGGCCCCGAGGUGACGGAUAGUUCGAUAGCCAAAAGAUACAUCUCUUUUUCCCA